AAUACCCAGAAGUCCUGCAUCUAUAAAUCGUAAAGUCCUCCUUUGAAUGAUGUUACAAUUGACUCGACCUUUUUUCUUAUAAUUAUCGUUUUUUGAAUCUAAAUCAAACCACUUCAUAAGCUUCAAAAGCCGCAAAGCUUAAUAAGAGAAAAAAAGACCCAGCGUAUCCACAUCUAUUCAAGAGACAGAAGAAAACAACUUGUUAGUAACUUGGUGUAAUAAUCAAUAAUUGGUUGGUAUUAAUUUCUAUUUCUAAACCUUUACACUCCUUGGCGUUGUCUUGAGCGAACAUCCUUCCUACUCCGUCUUCUCUCCUACUCCGUCUCCGUCCUACCGAGUUCUUAGUUCUUAUUGAUGAUUCUAAUCUCAAUCUAACUUGGACCUUGAAGUUUAAGCUCUCUUCUUUUCAACGUCGACUUAAUAACAUACCACACACUCUCACAUUUGAUAUCAUCAAUUAAUCACAUCAAUCCUUUACACAGUGAGUUUGCGCAUAGUUCUGACACAACUUCAAAAUCAAUACGAGACAAAUACUAACCAGGGACUUGUUUUCUCCUCACUACAGAUCAACAACAUGUCAAACCAAGGUUACUACAAUCAACAGCCCCAAUAUGGCGGACAACCUCAAUACCCUCCCAAUGUAUGUUUUCGCAUCUAUAUCAACUAUCCUAUAAAAAGAUCUCCUCGGAAUCUCGUGGAUAAACUUGGCACAUGAAAUAGAAUACAAAGCUGACACUUCGGUGAUACUUAGGCUUAUGGAGGACCACCACCACAACAAGGCUACUAUCAACAAGGCCCUCCUCCUGUAAGUACAUUCGCAUAUUCCCCAUCUAGUACACUGUAUUGUAUAAUAAUAUGACGGUGAUUUCUCCAUCUCUGCGCUAUCGCGAUGCCGACAAGUACCGAGAUGGCUUCACCGUCGCAUUGUACAAAUAUACCUUGCAGCUGAAAGUAUAUUUGGCUAACGACGGUCUCCCUAGCAACAAAUGCAAUAUCAACAACAACCUCCCCCAAAGAGCUCCGGCGGUGGACAAGGUUGUCUAGGUGCUUGUUUGGCAGCUCUCUGUUGUUGUUGCGUAAUGGAAGAGGGAUGUGAACUCUGUAUUGAUUGUAUGUUCCUUUUACCUGUCCAAACUUGCGAAUGAGAGCCAGCCUACUAACACUUUUGUCACAGGUGCCGAAUGUUGUUAGAGCCAGUAGCCUCCAAAUCCCUCGCAACUUCCGCUGCUUCGCCGGCGACGCCACCCCGAAAUCGCCCCCAACACAUCGCGCAACUCCGUACAUCCAUUGUCGCAAACCAGGAGAACAAAAUCGACAGCCUCAUACUUGCCGAUAAUAAAUUUCCCUCCAGCAAGCCAGCAAGCAAGCAAGCAACUGUAACGAUAUAAUAUCCUCCACAAAUACUUUCUUCUCAAAUCGACAUCGCCAAUCAAACCACCUUGUUCAUACAUACAUACAUCCACAUGGUUGAGAAUAACCAACUGGCUUUCACACGCAUAUUUCCUUCCUCUCUUCACGUACUUUCUUUCAUAUUCUUGCAGGUCUGAGUCUCUUUUCGGCUGGAUCACCAGUUUUCUGCUUCCAGCUAGUUUUUAGGGAUGGUUGGAUGGAUUGGAUGGUUAAGAUAAGAUAAGAUAAUGAAUGACUUUUAUUUAAUAAUUUAUGUUCUCUUAUUACCAAGGAACGUGAAG